GCGGGGCUAAACGCCUAGUCCGGAUUCCUGAGCGCGAGCCGAAUUUCCUGUCCACUCGGUGUGUAGAGCAGCGCGUGAAGCGGAGCUUUUCUCUCUCCACCGUAACCGGAGCCGCUCACAAACAAACAAACAAACAAACAAAACAAAGAUGUUCCGAAGUCUCACAGCUGUUGUUCUCCUGGCUGCAGUUUUCUGUCAUGCCCAGGAGCCUCAGAGCAAGUCGAAGGUGUGUGCUAAUGUGUUCUGUGGUGCUGGGAGGGAGUGUACAGUAACAGAGAAAGGCGAGCCAACCUGCUUGUGUAUCGAGCAAUGUAAACCUCACAAGCGCUCUGUGUGUGGCAGUAAUGGGAAAACAUACAGAAACCACUGCGAGCUCCACAGAGACGCCUGCCUUACCGGACUCAAGAUCCAGGUGGCACAUGACGGCCACUGCAGAGAGAGGAAAACAGAGAAAGCUGCUGCUAGUCCAGUGGUCUGCUAUGUGGGUGACCGUAACGAACUGCGCAGGCGUGUGAUCGAGUGGCUGCAAACGGAAGUUGUUCCAGAUGGCUGGUUCGCCAAAGGCUCCAACUUCACUGACAUCCUUCUCAAGUAUUUCAAGAACUAUGAUAACGGUGACUCGCAGCUGGAUUCUGCCGAACUUCUGAACUUCAUCCAGCACAACGAUUCAGCGGUGGAGCUUCACUCAUACGCAGAGGAGGAGAACAACCGGCUGCUCAGGAGUCUGUGUGUGGACGCAUUGAUCGAGCUCUCGGAUCAGAAUGCUGACUGGAAGUUGAGCUUUGAUGAAUUCCUCAACUGUCUUCGUCCAGGAUUCAACCCUCCAGAGAAGAAGUGUGCUUUGGAGGAUGAGACCUAUGAAGAUGGAGCAGAGACUCAAGUGGACUGUAACCUCUGUGUAUGCGCAUGCGGGAACUGGGUCUGCACUGCCAUGACCUGUGACGAGAAAAGCCCAGCUCUGGAGCCAGCUACCGGUGAUGAGACAAUGACGGAGGAGGAAUGGAAUCUGCGUGUGGCUGAACUCAACAAACAUCAGGAGACUAUGGAGCAAAUGAAGUCUAGCACAAAGGAGGUUUAAAGAAGGAGCGAGGAGGAUGAGGUCACAGUCAGGACUCCUGAGAUGACACUCUAUUACUGGGAGAACCACAUUAUGUUUUGUUUUCUAUCUCUGACUAUGUUUAUCUAUUAUCACUUUUUUGUCACGUCCUUUAUAAUCGUUUUACGUUGACGUGUACUUUCUUUUCGCGUGUGUGUAUGUGUGUGUGUGUGUGUGUUACUAGGUGCUGUACAUUACACCAGGUGUUUUUUAUAGCAUCAUGCUCAGCCUUGUCCAAUACGCCCCAGCACGAGUUUUGUAUUUUUACUUUUUUUUUUUUUACUCUAUGUACUGUAAAACAAUAUUGUCACAUAUUUUUGUCUUGUUAGAUUUAGAUUUUGUUGCGUAUGAUUAAGACAAUGGCAGUAGAUGGAAGAGAAGAGUGAGGGAGGGAGACCGGCUGGACUGACUCAGCUGAACUUACACCACGUUAAUAAAAAAUAAAUCAAGAUUGUGGUAUACGCCGCUAUAUUUAUCAUCAGCGUGUUAAGCCACGAGAUAACAUAAAGUGGGAAAACAGAUUGAGUCAGAAGUGCGGCGUCAGCUAAGGUCCCCUUUCACACAUUUUCUGUUUUUACACAUACAAGGCAGUCAAAGUCUUGAGACCUUUCAAAAAGGUGCUAAUACAGAUUUAUUUCUUUAUUUCUUUUUCUUUUUUUUUUUUUUUGCAGCACCAUUUUCUUGCAUUAUCAAGCAUGCUCCUAGAGUACGUCUAGAUUGCAAGGUAGAAUUAGAAAAUGGUAGAUUUGUCGACAUGUAGAUCUGUAAAGGAGCUCCAAUCCUCCUGUGAUUCUUCAGCUGUCUCGUGAAAAGCCAGUGAUUUAAUCUCCAAAAUCAAAAACGACUGGAAGACUCUCACGGCAUGGACGCUCCGCUUCGCUCCUGCUUCUAUUUAGUGCAGUUGCUUAAUGUAGAAGUAGUUCGUGUUAAAGCUCUGUUGCUGUGCUCAUUUCUGUAAGAAGGAACAAAGCAGAAUGAGAAUGAGUGUGAAUGUGCUGAUUGAUUCAGAAUGGAAUGGAAGUUGUUUAGAGCAGAGGCAGUGUAGACCAAAAAAAACAAAAAACAAAAAAAAGCCAACCAAAGCCUGAUGUUUCGAGUGUUUAAAUGUUGUACAACUCCUCCAGGUAAACCACUACUCUGGACCCAGCAACAACAUCAUACCUUUUAUUUCGUACAUCUGUCAGAUUGAAGGUUAGAAGAUUAGAUUCACUGUCGCUUCUUUAGCAUUGAUUCUUUCUUGUCUGUGUGUGUGUGUGUGUGUGUGUGUGUGUGUGUGUGUGUGUGUGUGUGUGUGUGUGUGUGUGUGUGUGUGUGUGUGUGUGUGUGUAGCUGCUGUAUGUCUCAGUGAGUUCUUUUUCACUUAUUCCACUAAUAUCACGUUUUUAUGAUACUGAGUGCCUUAAAUUUUCGUCCGCAGAUAGAAUGGCCUUCUCUCGUGUCUAAUCACAGAUUGUAGGAUUCCAUGAAGAACUUUACAGUGUUAUGGUAGUCAAGCAGAAGUUGUCCUGAGUGACGGAUGUGAGACCAUUUCAUCUUGUUAACUUUAAACUGUAUUUAUAUUUACUUGUAUUAUGACUGUACUGUACGUCAAUAAAACAAAUACACACCACAA